UAUAUACAACUCCACAGAUCAGACUCCACAUCUAUCUUAUAUCACUUUUCAUUCAAUUAACCUUCAGCUCAGUUGUUCAUUGAAGCCUCAAAGUUCUUAAAGAUCUCACCUUUCUUCAAGAACAAAGAGAAAAUAGCUAUCUGCUAGGCAUAUAUACUUGUAUCUAGCUUCAAGAUCUCACCUUUCUUCUUUACUAUUUCAUCAUUAAGUUUUCAUCCUCAUGAGGCCAGUCUUGUUCAUUUCUCUUCUACUCUUGUCAACCCUCUUUUAUGAAGUUCAAGGCAGACAUUUGAGAAAAGGAGGAGACCUCCCAGCUAGGAAUCACAAACCCAAUGAAAAUGGUAGCAUAAGAAGAAGUGGAGAGAAGAAGAUUGAUGCAUGCAAAGAUGGGCAAUGUUCCUCAUCAUCUGCAUCUGCAGGAAGAAAUAGGAAACUUAUUGACAAAACAACCUCUUCUACUUAUAGUACCACCACCACUUCAAAGAACCUCAAGAAUGAAGGAACUAAAUCUAGUAGUGAAAGUGUAGGCGUGAAGAAAGAAAAGUUUUCAGUCAAAUCUUCGCCGGAAACCGGCCACCGGGAAACGUCCAACGAGCAUUAUCCGAAUGUGUUCGACCUAGCUGGGAUGGAUUACUCUCCGGCGAGGAGAAAGGCUCCAAUACACAACUAAGCUAAGGAAAAAAAAUAAUUAAAUUAAAGUCAUAAUAGUAGUGGUCAAUCAAUUUGCAGAUCAGAAGAGAACAUUCAUAAACUUCCAAAUAGAUCGAACGAAUAGAAGCUGCGACAGCGCCAUCUGAAAUGCUGCAGUGUUUUAAGGAUUAUAGGAAGAUUUUGUGCAUAAAAUAAUGUCACUUUAAUGAAUAGUACAUUAUAUAUUAUUAUUAUUAAUUGCUCGAUGAUUAGAAUAUAAUUAAUCAGUCAAGGGGAGCUAAGUACACUUUGUAAAUACUAUACGGAUCGGAGUAUAUAUAAUUCUCCCCACAAAUAUCAGUUUAAUAAAGGUAGUAAUAUUCUCUCAUUUUA